UCUUUUUCUAUUUUUUUGCCCUUAAACUUAUAUUCCCACCCUUCGCCUUCUCUCUGUCUCACCUCACUCAAAGCGCAAAAGGGUUUCUUUGCUCGCUCGCUCUCUGCAACUUAACCGAUCAUCAAUGGCCGACCUUACCAACUCCGAUUCCCGCCACCACCUCUCCGUCACCACUCCUCCCCAGAUCUCCAAAGCUGGAUCAGGUUCUGAGAAUCCUAUUCCACUGUCACCGCAAUGGCUUCUACCAAAGCCGGGGGAGAGUAAACCUGGAAUGUUAACUGGGGAAAAACCUCCCAGCCCAAAUCCAUCCUUUGGAAGUCGCUCGGAUACCAUGAAGGCAUCAGGUAAUGGUGAGGAGAUUCAUGAUACCCAGAAGAAGAAGGAUGUUUUCAGGCCAUCAUUGAUGGAUAUGGAAACAGGUGGUCGUCGUGAACGCUGGCGCGAUGAAGAAAGAGACACCAACUCCUCCGGACGCAAAGAUCGGUGGAGGGAUGGGGACAAAGAGCUUGGUGACCCUCGCAGGAUGGAUCGACGAACAGAAAAUUCAUCUGCAAAACACUUUGGAGAAGCACGCCGUGCUCCACCCGAGCGGUGGACUGACUCUAGUAACAGGGAAUCCAAUUAUGACCAACGGCGAGAGAGCAAAUGGAACACACGCUGGGGGCCCGAUGACAAAGAGGCGGAAGGUUUGUAUGACAAGUGGGCAGAGUCUGGCAGAGAUGGCAGCAUGCAUCUGGAUAAAGGUUUGCCUCAUGUUGGAAAUCAUGUAAAGGAUGAGAAGGAUGGGGAUCUCUACCGGCCUUGGAGAUCAAACUCCUCCCAAGCCCGAGGAAGGGGAGAUCCUUCCCAUAAUCAGACUCUAGCAGCAAGCAAACAUGUUCCUGCGCAUUCAUCUAGUUGGGGACGUGGGGAAAAUACACCACCAACUUUUUCUCUUGGUCGUGGAAGGGCUAGCUCUGGUGGAGGCUUUAUGAACAGUAGUCCUACUAUUCCUCAGUCUAUAGGAACUGUGUUGGACAAAGUUGAAAGUGAACAUGGAGAGCCUUCCCCUUUAAGGUAUAGUAGGACAAAGCUGCUUGAUGUAUACAGGAAGGUUGAUAUGAGAUCAUAUCGGAAAUCAGUUGAUGGGUUUAUAGAAGCGAGUUCUCUUACAAUGGAUGAGCCGUUGGAGCCUUUGGCGCUUUGUGUACCGAAUCCUGAGGAAAUGGCUCUUUUGAAGGGAAUUGACAAAGGAGAUAUAGUAAGUAGUGGUGCUCCUCAAGUCUCUAAAGAUGGAAGGAACCCGAUAGAUUUUACUCAAUCAAGAAGACCGAAGCUUGGCAGUAGGGAAGAUUUACCCCUCGCACUUAAUGAUUCUAAAGAUGAAAGCACUGGUAGUUCAAAAGGUGGUAUUCCAAAUUAUUUAGAGGGCUCUUCUCAUGAAAGGCAAGUUUUCCAUCAUGGAUCCAGCCUAAAAGCAGAAAUAAUGCAGGAUCAGAAGACGUACUCAGAGAACAAUUUCAGAGCAGAAGCUUUUAGAGAAGACAGUGGUCCUUUUAGAAGGGCCGAGGAGGCACCCGUUAAUACAGAUUUGACCAUGAAGGGAAGUAUUACUCCCCAUUCUGGCACUCCAUGGAGAUCUCCAUCACAGGGAGAGCGUUCGCAUGCUGGCUUGCAUGAUUGGAAAGAGAUUCCGGGUGAUAUCAAGUCAAGAACCCCUGAUAUGGGCUGGUCACAAAGACAGAAAGAUCUUAAUAAUGAAUGGGAAAGUAGAGAUGAGGCAAAAUGGAAAACCAGUGAGGACCAUAUAAUUAGAAGGCAGCCAUCUGGAGUUCUAGAUAGGGAACAGGAAGUGAGAAAACCUCAGCAGCUUUCUCCUGAGGAUCUACAGCUUUAUUAUAAAGAUCCUCAGGGUAUAAUUCAAGGCCCUUUUGCUGGGGCUGAUAUUAUUGGCUGGUUUGAGGCUGGAUAUUUUGGCAUAGAUUUGCUAGUUCGCGUGGCAAAUGCAUCAACAGAUACACCGUUUUUGGCACUUGGUGAUGUUAUGCCUCAUUUAAGAGCUAAAGCUAGACCACCGCCUGGAUUUAGUGCCCCUAAACAAAAUGAAGUGACAGAUACAUCAAGUAGGCCAAACUUUGGUAAUGUUGGGAAGAUUCAUGCUGGUUUAAGUGAGACAGAUAUAGCAAGAAAUGAACCAAGGCAUAAACAGGGUUCGACAACAGAAGCUGAGAAUAGGUUUUUGGAGUCGCUGAUGUCUGCUAAUACAAGUGGCUCUCCUCUGCAGAAGUUUCCUUUUUCUGAAGGUUUGCAAGGACUUAUUGGAAACAAUUCUCAUGGUUUGCCUCAUUCUGGAUUGGAUAAUCUGUUGGCCAAGAGAAUGGCGCUUGAGCGACAGAGGUCUUUUCCUAAUCCUUAUCAAUAUUGGCCUGGGAGAGAUGCUUCAUCUGUAAUACCCAAGUCGGAGGUUGUCCCAGAUCCAAACCUCCUCUCUUCAGUGGCUGAAAAUCAGCCCCCUCAAACCCAAAAUGCUGAAAUUAUGUCCAUUCUUCAAGGAUUAACUGACCGGUCGUCAUCUGGAAUUAAUAAUAGUGCUGCUGGUUGGUCAACUUUUCCUGUCCAAGGUGGGUCAGACCCAACCCAGAGUAAGAUGGACUUGUAUGAUCAGAAUUUUCCUCCCCAGGCUCCACUUGGAUUCCAAAAGCAGAGGCUGCAACCUCAGAAUCAACCGUCUUUUCCAAAUCUACUUUCUCAAGCGAUUGAUAGUUCUAGUAUUGCAACACAAGAGAAAUUACUCUCUUCUGGUUUAUUACAAGAUCCGCAACUGAUGAAUAUGUUGCAACAGCAGUAUUUAUUGCAGUUGCAUUCCCAGGCGCCUGUUCCAGCGCAACAAAUGUCAUUGUUGGAUAAGAUCAUGUUACUCAAGCAGCAACAGAAACAGGAGGAGCAGCAAAUGCUGAUAAGGCAACAACAGCAGCUGCUUUCGCAGGUUCUGUCAGAGCAUCAAUCUCGCCAGCAUUUUACUGAGCCAUCUUUUGGACAGAUGCAGGCGUCUGCAAUUCCGAAAGGGAAUGCAUCUAUAGAUCCUCCCCGGCUUCAGCCAUCACAAGAAAUGUUUCCAAGUGGUACAAACGUUCCAGUUCCUAAUAUGCAAAAUGAACUUGCUAAUAACUUCAUGACUUUGCCUCCACAAGGUACCCAAGAUAUCUCUCAAAAUGUAAGUGAGGGAGCUGCCUCGUUACCUUUACUGCAUCAAAUGUUUGGGAAUAUUACCCAUCAAAGAACUCGGGAUGUUACUCCUGUGGUACCCAUUGCUAUCCAUCAGGAGUCGUUGCCAGCGUCGACAAAUGUUGAGAGCUCAACUUUGCUUGAUGUGAUGACCAAAUCUAGAAAAGAGCCCCUUGUGCAGAAAUCCAUACCUGAUUCUGACUUUCAUGCUUCUAAAACUAUGGAGCAGGCAUCUGAAAACACUUUCAGAGCUAACGAAUCUGGUUUGGUUGCAAUCUCUGAGGGUGUUGCAGAUUCUAUUCCACCUGUAGGUGCUUCUGAGGGAGAUAUGCCUGAGCAUGUCAAUGAUGUGAAAGUUCAAUCAGAUAGUCAGGUUGAAGAACAGCAGAUUCAAGGGGAAAAGUGCAAUGAUGAGGUUCCUGCAGUAUCUGACGUGAAGAAUGUUGAAGCACGUGGGCAAAGAAAGACUUCUGAGAAGAAGUCCAAGAAGCAAAAAUCUUCCAAGGCACAGUCCUUGAGUGACCAACCAAAAGGAGUAUCCAAAUCUCUCUUUUCACAGCAAAUAAAGCAGUCUGAAACUGAGAAGCCUGUUGUUGGUGACACAAAAUUGGAGACAAGAGGUAACCGAGGCAGUAAAUCUGAAAUUGUUACUGUAGAGGUUUCAGAGUCACGACAAGCUGAAAGAUUAGAGCCACUUUCUGGAGGUGAUACUGAACCUUUUGAAGUGAAGGGUGAUUCUAAGCUUGUUGAGUCUGGGCAAAGUUCCCAAAUACAGAUUGGGCAGAGAGCUUGGAAACCUGCUCCUGGUUUUAAGAUAGUACCUGAGGUUAUCAGUUCUGUCAAUUCCUCAAGUCUGCCAACUCCUUGGGCUGGGGUUGUAGCCAAUUCAGAACCAAAAGUAUCGAGAGAAACUCCAAAUGAUGCAGGUAUUAAUGAGUUAAAUGUUGGGAAACCCAAAAUUUCCCAAAAUUCAAAGAGCAAUAAGAGCCCAUUACAUGAUCUAUUAGCAGAGGAGGUUUUGGCCAAGUCUAGUGAAAAAGAUGUUGAGAUUCCUAAUGGUGUAUCAACUCAGCCUUCUCCACAAGUUAUGCCCACCCAUUCAGAAUCUGUAGAUGACGAUAACUUCAUUGAGGCAAAAGACACCAAAAAGAGUCGCAAAAAGUCAGCAAAAUCAAAGGGUACUGGAGCUAAGGUCUCAGUGUCAGUUACCCCAGUAGAUGUGCCUAUUAGUUCAAGCCCCACUGAGAAAGUCAAAAGCUUCCGUUCUGUACAGCAAGAAAAGGAAGUGUUGCCCGCAAUCCCGUCAGGGCCUUCAUUGGGAGAUUUUGUUCUUUGGAAAGGAGAAACGCCUAAUCCGGCUCCUUCUCCAGCAUGGUCUACUGACUCUGGGAAGCUUCUUAAACCCACAUCUUUAAGAGACAUCCAAAAGGAGCAGGAGAAGAGGGUUUCUUCUGCUCAGCACCAAAAUCAGAUUCCAACACCUCAGAAAUCCCAGCCAACUCCAGCCACCCACAAUAAUGUUCCUUCAUGGUCACUUUCGGCAUCAUCUCCGUCUAAGACUGCGUCUCCCAUCAUGAUUAAUUCCCAUGCUUCUCAGUCGAAACACAAAGUAGAAGAUGACUUAUUCUGGGGCCCAAUUGACCAAUCAAAGCAAGCAAAUAAGCAGGCAGAUUUUCCUCAUCUUGCAAGCCAGGGCAGUUGGGGAGUGAAAAAUACUCCUGUAAAAGGAACUUCAGCUGGUUCAUCGAACCGGCAGAAAUCAGUGGGUGGCAAACCAACUGAGCGAUUACUUUCAUCCUCACCUGCCUCUUCUCAGUCAUCUGUAAGAGUUAAAAGAGAUGCCAUGACCAAGCAAUCAGAAGCCAUGGACUUCCGAGAUUGGUGCAAGAGCGAGUGCGUUAGGCUUAUUGGGACAAAAGAUACGAGUGUCCUUGAGUUUUGCUUGAAGCAAUCCAGAUCAGAGGCUGAGUUGCUUCUAAUAGAGAACCUUGGGUCGUACGAUCCUGAUCAUGAGUUCAUCGACAAGUUUCUCAACUACAAGGAGUUGCUAUCGGCUGAUGUCCUUGAAAUUGCGUUUCAAAGUCGGAAUGAUGAAAAGCUCACCGGGUUUGGUGGUGGAGAUGUGAAUUCGUACGGUGCAGACGCUGGGGAUGUUGACCAAGAUGGGUCCUCCAAGGGGGGUGGCAAGAAGAAGGGAAAGAAAGGGAAGAAGGUUAGCCCUGCUGUUUUGGGAUUUAAUGUGGUGAGUAACCGCAUCAUGAUGGGUGAGAUCCAGACACUGGAGGAUUAGGGAGAGUGGUUUUAAGAGGCAGGCAGGCAGGCAGGCAGUUGUAAAUAGAUUUUGGCUUUUGGACUGUAUAUGGCUUUUUUACCUUUUCGCCCUUAGAAUUUUUUGUUUUUCCCUUUUGUAGUGCCACAGCAGCAGUGCUAAUUUUAUCUGCUCGAGCGAUUUUGUGUAAUGUUCCUUCCAGUGGUAAGAGUGCUUUUGUUAUUUUUAUUCGCUUUACUUUAGUUGAGAGAUCAUCCUGCGGGAGACGUUGAAUCUUCUUCAAUCGAGGUACCCUUUCCCUUUGUUUCA